AGCGGGCCGGCCCGGGGCGACUCCGCUCUUCGCGGCGCGGCCGAAGCGGGAGGUGGCCUCGCCGUGGGAGGCCAUGGGGGCGCUGAUCUGCUCUGGGGUUGCAGCCAGAGGCGCUCCAUGGCUAUAGGCAGCAAGAGUCUCCAGCGAAGGAACACCCCGCACACACCCCGAGUCUCGAACCCCAAGACUCCUUUGGUUCUCCAGCGGUGUAGACGAGGAUCCGGGGCGCGCAGAGCCAUGGGGAGAGCGGCCGUCGCGGGAAGAGGCGCUGCUGGCGGGGCGCGCGGGUGGCUCCCCUGGCUGGGGCUUUGCUUUUGGGCGGCCGGAGCCGCUGCUGCUGCUGCUCGAGGAGCUGACAAUGGGGAAGUCCUCCCUGAUUCCAUCCCAUCAGCCCCUGGAACACUCCCUCAUUUUAUAGAGGAACCAGACGAUGCUUAUAUCAUCAAGAGCAAUCCUAUUGCACUGAAGUGCAAAGCUAGACCAGCCAUGCAGAUAUUCUUCAAAUGUAAUGGCGAGUGGGUCCAUCAAAAUGAGCACAUCUCUGAGGAGAGUCUGGAUGAGAGUUCAGGCCUGAAAGUGCGGGAGGUGUUCAUCAAUGUCACCAGGCAGCAGGUGGAGGACUUCCACGGGCCAGAGGACUAUUGGUGCCAGUGUGUGGCCUGGAGUCACCUGGGGACGUCCAAGAGCAGGAAGGCCUCAGUGCGCAUAGCCUAUUUGCGGAAGAACUUUGAGCAAGACCCGCAGGGAAGGGAGGUGCCAAUUGAAGGCAUGAUUGUGCUGCACUGCCGACCCCCAGAGGGAGUUCCUGCUGCUGAGGUGGAAUGGCUAAAAAAUGAGGAACCCAUUGACUCUGAACAGAUGAAACAUGAUACCAGGGCUGACCACAACCUCAUCAUCAGGCAGGCAAGGCUCUCAGACUCAGGAAACUACACCUGUAUGGCAGCCAACAUCGUGGCCAAGAGGAGGAGCCUAUCAGCCACAGUGGUAGUUUAUGUGAAUGGAGGCUGGUCCUUCCUGGAGCAGAGUGGUCAAGCCUGCAAUGUUCGCUGUGGUAGAGGAUGGCAGAAACGUUCCCGGACCUGCACCAACCCAGCUCCUCUCAAUGGUGGGGCGUUUUGUGAGGGAAUGUCAGUGCAGAAAAUAACCUGCACUUCUCUUUGUCCUGUGGACGGAAGCUGGGAAGUGUGGAGUGAGUGGUCCGUCUGCAGCCCAGAGUGUGAGCAUUUGCGGAUACGGGAAUGCACAGCACCACCCCCGAGAAAUGGGGGCAAAUUCUGUGAAGGUCUGAGUCAAGAAUCUGAAAACUGCACAGAUGGGCUUUGCAUUCUUGAUAAAAAACCUCUUCAUGAAAUAAAACCCCAAAGCAUUGAGAAUGCCAGCGAUAUUGCUCUGUACUCGGGCUUGGGUGCUGCCGUCGUGGCUGUUGCAGUCCUGGUCAUUGGGGUCACCUUAUACAGACGGAGCCAGAGUGACUAUGGCGUGGACGUCAUUGACUCUUCUGCAUUGACAGGUGGCUUCCAGACCUUCAACUUCAAAACAGUCCGUCAAGGUAACUCCCUGCUCCUGAAUUCCUCCAUGCAACCGGACCUGACAGUGAGCCGGACAUACAGUGGACCCAUCUGUCUCCAGGAUCCACUGGACAAAGAACUUAUGACAGAGUCCUCGCUUUUUAACCCUUUGUCAGACAUUAAAGUUAAAGUCCAGAGUUCCUUCAUGGUUUCUCUGGGAGUAUCUGAGAGAGCCGAGUACCAUGGCAAGAAUCAUUCUGGAACAUUCCCCCAUGGAAACAAUCGCAGUUUCAGUACUAUGCACCCCAGAAAUAAGACAGCUUAUAUCCAAAAUCUUUCAUCACUCCCCACAAGGACAGAACUAAGGACAACAGGUGUCUUUGGUCAUUUAGGAGGACGCUUAGUGAUGCCAAAUACAGGUGUGAGUUUACUCAUACCACAUGGCGCCAUUCCAGAAGAGGAUUCCUGGGAGAUUUAUAUGUCCAUCAACCAAGGUGAACCUAGCCUCCAGUCAGAUGGAUGUGAGGUUCUUCUGAGUCCUGAAGUCACCUGUGGGCCCCCUGACAUGAUUGUUACCACUCCCUUUGCCUUGACCAUUCCACACUGUGCAGAUGUCAGUUCUGAGCAUUGGAAUAUCCAUUUAAAGAAGAGGACACAGCAGGGAAAGUGGGAGGAAGUGAUGUCAGUGGAGGACGAAUCUACAUCCUGUUACUGCCUUUUGGACCCCUUUGCAUGUCACGUGCUUCUUGACAGCUUUGGGACAUAUGCACUCACUGGAGAACCAAUCACAGACUGUGCCGUGAAACAACUAAAGGUGGCGGUGUUUGGCUGCAUGUCGUGUAACUCCCUGGAUUACAACUUGAGAGUGUACUGUGUAGACAAUACCCCUUGUGCAUUUCAGGAAGUGGUUUCAGAUGAAAGGCAUCAAGGUGGACAGCUGCUGGAAGAACCAAAGUUGCUGCAUUUUAAAGGGAAUACCUUUAGUCUACAGAUCUCUGUCCUUGAUAUCCCUCCAUUCCUCUGGAGAAUCAAACCGUUCACCGCAUGCCAGGAAGUCCCUUUCUCCCGCGUCUGGUGCAGUAACCGGCAGCCCCUUCAUUGUGCCUUCUCCCUAGAACGCUACACGCCCACCACCACCCAGCUGUCCUGCAAAAUCUGUAUCCGGCAGCUCAAAGGCCAUGAGCAGAUCCUUCAAGUGCAAACAUCAAUCCUAGAGAGUGAAAGAGAAACUAUCACCUUUUUUUCACAAGAGGACAGCAAUUUUCCUGCACAGACUGGCCCCAAAGCCUUCAAAAUCCCCUACUCCAUCAGACAGAGGAUUUGUGCUACAUUUGAUACUCCCAAUGCCAAAGGCAAAGACUGGCAGAUGUUAGCACAGAAAAACAGCAUCAACAGGAAUUUAUCUUAUUUUGCUACACAAAGUAGCCCUUCUGCUGUCAUUUUGAACCUGUGGGAAGCUCGUCAUCAGCACGAUGGUGAUCUUGACUCCCUGGCCUGUGCUCUGGAAGAAAUUGGGAGGACACAUACGAAACUCUCAAGCAUUACGGAAUCUCAGCUUGAUGAAGCUGACUUCAACUACAGCAGGCAAAAUGGACUCUAGUUCACUUUCUCUCCUGAGACAGCAGCAGCCAGCUUCAGGACAUUGGCUUUAAAUGGGGGAUAAAAAUAAAAGGCAGCUUUCCUGCAUUUGGGGAUUCAGCCUUCAUUAACAACCAGAGAGGAUCUCUGGUUGUAGAAGCUGAAUUUUAUAUUGAAUAUGUUCAUGGGGAAAUGUACAAGCUCUCUGAAGUAGAAGAGGGUUCUACGGUCUCCUGUGAAUCCACACUCGGGUUAUCAGUCUAUGAACUUCUUAGAUUUGGAGUUGCAAGAGAAAAGAGGGCUUUUCUAGAUAGAAGGAACUGUGGGAAAAUAUGAGCUGCAAUGAAGCUGGAAUGGCAAAGAUUGAAUAAAUGCAUGUUUUGAAACAGG